GUUUUGUCGUUUUGCAACCCGCGGAGAUGUCGAGCGUUGUGGAUAGCGAGGCUCAUUUUGAGUCUCGACUGACCGAGUUAGGCCUGUCUGAUGCUGUGAAGACAGCCUUGAAGAAUGGUGGAGUACGCACGCUAUCUCAUUUAGCAUUUGCCAUCACACAGCCUAAUCAAACAAUCUCCAAUGAUGAAGUGACGAAUUUUCUGCAGGGGCUUACAGGCAGUGCUCCAUCUCUACAGGAGAGUAGCUGCAUCAAGCGGCUGGUCUUUGAGGCCCAAACCUUUGUUGUGGCAGUAUUGAGGCAGGGUCUUGAACACCACGAAGAAGGAGCGCCAAGAAAAGUGGCGCAUGCGGAGCGUACCACACGAAUGGCCGCUCUGCAGGCGGCCCUCACUGGCAUUUACAUCACAGGAGAGAUGGACCCUGCCCAUGUGCUACUUGACAAAGCCUCAGCAAUGCAUGACCAGAACGUUGUGCGCUAUCUGGAACCAGCAGCGUGCAUUAGUCGAGCAGUGGAGGUACAAGGAAAGAAAGAAAGCAGGGAACUAAGCUUGGAAAAGGGUUCGCUCAUUCUGAAGAAUGCCAACGACAAACUCACUUCUGCCACAGACACAGAGUUGAAGCUGCACUACGCAAUGCAGCGUAGAGCCCUUGCAUUACAGUUUGCAAAUUUGAUGAGCUUUGCCCAACACAACGAGUGGAUGACAUUUUUGGUUGAAGCGCUUCAUCGUGAAGCCCCACCGGGUUACCAUAGGCCUACACUGGCUCAACUCAUUCAAUGUGACAGAGCAGCUUGGACCAGGCUCGCGAGUUCCUUGACUUCAGUGAGGCAAAGAGCUGAUGGGACCUUUCCCCUUGGGGAAGAGUUGUUGAAGCUGCGAUCUGACCCGAACAUCACGUUGUAUUUGGCACCAAUCACCAAGCCGGCAGCUUCGCAGCCAGAGUCGAGUUCAUGGCGAUGGCAGCCAUACAACACCCACAAGGGUGGUGACAAAGGUCAUGACAAGGGCAAAGGUAAGAGCAAAGGUAAAGGUCGUGGUGUGGCUCCUGCCAUGCCCCAGGAGCUUCGUGGAAAAUGGUUCAAGACUUCGACAGGUGAACCAUUGUGCUUUGGCUACAAUACGGCUGCAGGUUGUGCACAUUCGAAGACAGUCAAAGAUGGUGAACGAUGCCCUAAGGGAUGGCACUUGUGCUGUGAGCCCAAGUGUCAAGGAAGUCACCCAUUGACAAAGCAUGGCAAGUGACCGAAUCACGGUCGAUCAACGCAGUGCAAGUUUCAAGGAAUUCAUGUUGAGCAGCUUUUCAUGAUAGAGGUCUUCGCUGGCUUUGGAAUCUUGUGUGCCACUGCUAAGCAGUGUGGCCUUGUCGGGAGCCUGGCAGUUGACAAAAUUCGCAAAACAGGAGCGUACAGUACAAUUGUGCAACUUGAUUUGCGAAACCAGGAAGACAGAGCAUUGCUUGAAGAGUGGAUGCAAUCUGAUUUAUUUUGCUGGUUACACCUUGCACCAGUUUGUGGUACCGCAAGUCGUGCAAGAAACAUUCAACGCCAUUGGAGCGAUCCAAAACCUCUGCGGUCCGAUGACUGUCCUCACGGGCUUCCAAACCUGUCUGAACAGGAUACAACCAGAGUUUUGAUUGCAAAUGACCUUUUCUCCUACAGUUGCACAUUGUUUGCAAUGGCGGCAGCAAAAGGGGUACUGGUCACAAUGGAGAACCCUACAAAUUCGUUUUUCUGGCUCACAGAUUGGUUUCUCCGCCUAAGGCGAACCGUAGAACUGGUCAUAGUUGAUUUCCAGGUUUGCAUGUACGGGGGCUCGAGGCCCAAGUGGACACGGCUGGUUGGCAACUUCAAAGAACUACUGCAACUGGCUGCACGGUGUGGCAAUUCGCAUGAGCAUGAGCCGUGGCGAUUCGCCAUCGACCAAGAAGGGAAGCGUGUUUGGGCCACUAGCUUGGAAUCUAAGUAUCCCAAACAGUUGCGCUUGGCAAUUUUACAGUGUGUUGUACAAGCGUUGCAUCGACAUGGAGCAGUUCUUCCUCCUACUCACUUGCAGGAACUUCAAACUCAUCCUCUCCACUUGGCACAGACUGCACAAAUUUCUGCCGGUCGUCAACCCAGAGGUUCUAAAUUGCCACAAGUGGUUCCCGACUUCGCGACAACAGGUGUUUUUGCAGUGUCCUCUAUUUCUGAGAUUCCUUGCAAUUUGAUGAGUAAAUUGCCCCGCCCUUUUGACGCCCACACCUUGGACGGCCAGGGUGUGACCAUCCCUAAGGGUGCACGUUUCCUUCGAUCUUAUCCGCUCCUGCCCCAACUUUCAGAGGGGGAAGUCAUGGUGCAGGAGAGCGGCUCUGAAUCCCAGAAGAGGCGUCGGGGAGAAGAGAGCUUUGGAGUGGUCUUUGGACUACCAUGGACUUGCGAAUCAUUCAUCAGAAAAGCUUGUGAGGUGGGGCAUCCAAUGUUGGGUGAGUUCAACCUUUCAGAAGAUUUAGCAAUCGCAGUGAACAAACAACUCGAGUUUACAGAACAACAGAUGGCCAACUAUAGGAUGGCGUGGUGCAGAAAGUGGCUGGCACGUGCUACAGAGUUGGCCGCUCUCGAGACCGAGGACCUGGCCAAAAGACCGACGCAUGUCCAGCAGAACACUAUGAACAAGAGGUUGCUUUUGACUGAAGAGAUACUUCGAGACAUUGGGUACAACGAUCUGGGUGUAGUUGAUAUCCUGCGCAAGGGCUCUACUUUAGUUGGUGAAGUCGAGGCCUGCCCGGUCUUCCAAGAACAGUACAAACCAUGCAUGGCCACACUGGCCCAACUCAAGGCUGGUGCAGCUCGGAGGAAUCAAGCCAUUUUGAAGAUGUCUGCGUCGUGUGGUGACCUGGAGCUGGACCGUGCUGUCCUGGAGGAGACCAGAACUGAAUUGGCGAAAGGCUGGGCCGAAGGUCCUUUCCAGAUUGGUGACCUUGAAAAGGAUGCAGUUAUUUCCCGUCGAUUCCCUCUGAGGCAAGGUGCAAAGAUCAGACUGAUUGAUGAUUAUUCCAUCAGUGGAAUCAAUGAAUGUACAACAACGCACAACAAGAUCGAUUUGCACAUGGUGGACACUUUUGCUGCGCUUAUGAAAGAGUUCUUUAGUAAGUGUGCAGCGAUCGGGUCCAGCUCGGAGCUGCUCGCCAAGACCUAUGAUCUUAAGAGUGCAUAUAGGCAGGUGCCUGUCUGCAGCAGGCACCUGAGGUUUGCAUACUUUUGCAUCUACAACCAUGAGUUGGAUAGGGCUGAGAUUUAUAGGAUGAAAACUCUUCCUUUCGGUGCUACUCAUAGUGUGUACAACUUUUUGCGCAUCGCUAGAGCCCUGCAUAGCAUUGCCGCUCGCGGCCUCUUUCUCUUGAACACGAACUUCUAUGACGACUUUAUCCUGGUUUCUCGCAGUGCUAAUCAGACUUCUGCUAGCCACGGCAUGGAAAUGGUUUUUCUUCUGACGGGUUGGGAGUUCGCAAAAGACGGAAAGAAGGCAACUGAUUUUCAUGUGACCUGCAAAGCUUUAGGUGUCGAGUUUGACUUGAGCAAAUCAAAAGAUCGGGUGCUAUGCAUAGGCAAUACUGAGCAAAGGAAGGUGGAGCUCGUGGAGUACAUCGAAAAAGUGCUCAAUGACAAGCGCAUGAGCCGACAUGAAUCGCUGGUGCUACGGGGGCGCUUGGGUUUCGCUGACAGCCAAGUCCAUGGAAGGCUUGGUAAACUGGUCCUCAACAGGAUCGUUGAACAUGCAUAUGGAACACAGCUGGAGUUGAGCACGUCCUUGGUUGAAGCAUUGGCCUGGAUGAAGACAAGGUUACUGACCAGCAAACCCAAAGCGAUUGAUUGUGAACCGCUGCAGCAGUGUUUCCUUUUCACAGACGCAGCCUAUGAACCUGUGGACCGCACAGGAGGGCUGGGUGCAGUUCUGGUUGAUGAAGAUGGAACCUGUAUGUCUUGGUUUUCGCUUCCCCUGAACUCUGAACUCUGUGAUGCCUUUGGAGCUUUAAAAAAGGACACCAUUAUUUAUGAGUUAGAGCUUCUUGCUGCAGUUUACUCGUUUCAUUUCUGGAGUGAUAUAGUUUUUCGGCGGCUCACUGUGCACUUUGGAGACAACGAUGCUGUAAGAUUUGCCCUCAUCAAAGGAUCCGCACAAGGUCAAGCCGCCCUUGCAUUGAUUCACCUCCAGCUGAGGCUUGAAUCUGAGCGACCUUCACAGUUUUGGUUUGCCAGGGUUCCGACUGAAGUGAUUUCCCUUCUCGAUGUGUGGAACAUCCUUUCCUUCGACCAGAGACGUGUGGAUCUCCUGAUGCAAAAGAAAGCUUUUUCGAAUUUUUACACCAGUGGAAAGCGACUCUGGGGUCUGCCUCAAUUUAGUGGGGCCGAGAAGUGAUCAGACCCCAGAGUCCGCGUGAAAAUAGUGUGCUUGCUGAUUUGUUUGCCACCAAACGUAACGUGACGAAGCAGCUCGUUGAAAACGAUCGAUUUGUCACGACAUCGUUUAAGAGACGUCAGGAUCGGGUGGCAAUUCUUGAAUGUGUAACAUUUGGGCUUAAGGGUUG